ACCGUAAGAUGCCUUAUCGGCUAAAUUAGUUUUUGAUUGCGCAUGUGCUCUUAAUCGAAUGUGGUUCAAACAAAGUUUGUCGUCGGCACGAUGGUUUCCAGUCAAUGGACCCAUGUUAUCAAGCAACUUCGAGAAGUUGCUGUCAUUGUCACGGGAGGAAUGAUUUGCUUCUCAGGCAUCUCAUUAUAUCAGGGAAAUGAGAAGUUCUACAGGCAGUUUGUAAUGCCAGCUGUGAAAAUCUUGAGUCCUGAGAAUGCGCACAGGCUUGGUGUUGCCUUAGCAAAAUAUCAACUCUUUGGAAGGUCAUCUGUAGCUGAUCCUGCUAUUCUGAAAACUAAGGUAUGGGAUCUUGAGUUCCGCAAUCCUGUGGGUGUGGCAGCUGGUUUCGAUAAACAUGGAGAAGCUGUUGACGGACUUUUGAAGAUUGGUUUUGGUUUCGUAGAAGUUGGCAGCAUCACCCCAAAACCUCAGCCUGGCAAUCCAAAGCCGAGGGUGUUUCGAUUAGAUGAAGAUUGUGCUGUGAUUAAUAGGUAUGGUUUCAACAGUGAUGGGCAUGAAGUGGUGUACAACCGUUUGAUGGAGCGGAAUAAGAAGACUGUUAAAAUUAACACACUAAUAGAUGAUUCCAGAAACAUGUUGAACCUAAACUUUUGGGCUGAUAAAUUCAAUUCUUUCACCUUCCAACACAAAGAACCAGGAAUUCUUGGCAUAAAUUUAGGCAAAAACAAAACAUCUGAAAAUUCUGAACAGGACUAUGCAAGUGGAGUUAGUUUGUUUGGUCAGCUGGCUGACUUCUUAGUGGUGAAUAUUUCCAGUCCAAAUACUCCUGGACUGCGGAAUCUGCAGGGCAGAGAAAAUUUAGAGAAAUUGAUUGACAGGGCGUUGCUGGAACGUGACCAGUUGAAGUGUGAGAGGAAACCUCCAAUUUUGGUGAAAAUAGCUCCAGAUUUAACAGAAUCUGAUCGGCAAGAUAUUGCUCGUGUUGUGAUGAGAGAACAUAGUCUUGUUGAUGGUUUAAUAAUCAGCAAUACCACAGUAUAUCGAGACAAAAGCUUGAUCAGUAAAAACCGGAAGGAAACUGGAGGACUUAGUGGUGUACCAUUGCGCGAAAUGUCUACACAGAUACUCAGUGAUAUGUAUUCGUUAACUCAAGGAAAGAUUCCAAUCAUUGGAGUUGGUGGUAUCAGCUCAGGAAAAGAUGCCUAUGACAAAAUCCGAGCUGGUGCUAGUCUGGUAGAGCUUUAUACUGUCAUGACAUAUCAAGGUCCUGUUGUCGUUAACCGAAUUAAAAGAGAAUUAGCAGAACUUCUACAAAAAGAUGGCUAUUCUUCUGUGUCUGAUGCUGUUGGAGCUGACCACCGUAGCAAUUUUAAGAAAAACAGAGAGAUAGAAGCUAUUACAAGGUAAGAGAGAGAGAAGUAUUGCUGGUGGGGAAGGAACAAGUUAUAAAGGUUGCUAGUGUUCUUUUGUUCCCUGGUCAGUGCUGGAUUGAGUUUACCACCCAAGAACUCAUAAUGCAAAGUUUUGCAACAAAUACUGCUUGACAUCCCAUUCACUGUUCUAGCAAUUUUGAUCUGAGUUUAUUUUACAUCUCUGAAUUACAAGCACAUAUACAUGUGCGCACACAAUCACACAAAUGAUGUAUUAUUCACUCGGUAUAACUUAACUCUCAGCUAAUAUUAAUGAUGAUGGCAGUGGUGCAGUUUGUUUUUUUAACUUUAUCCCUUUCUCUACUAACUGUUUUUUGUUAAUUGUUGCUUAUUUCCAGGUCACCUGUCAUGGAGUACAUAUGAUCAAAAGUGUUUCACUCCAGCCAUGACCUUGUGUUUUGGGGUUGGGUGCACACUGUAUGUCAGGUUACGUUAUAUAAUGUCUUUCCUUUUCAUUUUAAGGUGGUCGGGUAAGAUUUGAAGGGGAUUUAACUGCUAUUUCUAGCUAAUCUAGAAAUCUAUAGUGGUCUAAUUUCUUGGUUUUAUUUAUUUCUAAAUCUCUGUGGUUGUAUGAUGACAUUUUCUUCUAGCAAGUUAAUGGUAAUUCUUGCCAUAAUUAAUAGCACAGAAAUAAUUGAAGUUCUGAGAUCUUCAUUUCCGUUUUUCAUAUUUUUCUGGUAUUGUUAAUCUGUUAUUGAAAGAAUUUAGCUUGUAUUCUAUGGAGUCAUGCUCUGUCGCUUUCCUGUGUAACCAAACAGAUACAUGGCCUGUCUAUGAUAAAUUUAAUGACAGCUAACCAUUUGUGAAUCAUGCUCCUUGCUCUGAACUUUCACCUUAUUUACAAUUGAUGAUAAUGUUGGUGGAUAGUGAGCUCAAUGUUUCUCUGUUCUCUGUCAUUUAUUUAUCCAUUAUUAUAUAAUGGUUCGUGAUCAUUAACAUUGUUGGCGACAAGUUUCCAAUGGAGCAGUCCACUACUUUUCUGGUAACUAGUCACAAUGGAAUGUCUAACUUGAGGCACAACAAAUAUCAAUAGAGACUUUUUUUAAAACAGACAAACCCCGUUUUUUGGGUUUCAAAUUUUGGCACAAGGCCAGCAAUUUUGGAUAAGGGGCAUGCUAAUUACAUUGACCCCAGAGUUCAACUGGUAAUUAUUUUAUUGACUCUGAAAGGAUGAAAGGCAAAGUGGACCUCAGCAGAAUUUGAGUUCACAAUGUACAGAUAAAUGAAAUGCUGCUAAGCAUUUUGCCCAGCGUGCUAACAAUUCUGCCAGCUUGUUGCCUUCACUGAUACAUAUUAGUGAAAGAUACCUACAUAUAUAUAUGAUGGGCUUCUUCAUAGUUUCUAUCUACACAUUCCCACUCUUAAGGAAUCCAUUAGAUGAAAGCUAUAGUGAAAGGCCUUAGGUGAGGUGCUCUGCAGUGGGAAUAAACCUGAGACCAUAUGGUUGCCAUGGAAGUUUCUUAACCAUGUGGCUAGGUUGUCUGUGGCUGUAAUCACUUUUGACUUUUGUACUUCUGUGGUCAACAAAAUAAGUACCAGUAAUAUACUGUUUCAUUUCUUUUGUUUACACUCUAGCCCUGCUUUACAAAUGAGAUCAUUACUGGCAGUCAUUAUGCUGCAGUUGUUGCCUUUGAUAAAACACACCUAUUAUUCAAGGUAUUCUAGCAUGACCAUCUGUUCUUUUUUUUAUAUCAAUGAUUACAUUGUGGCCAGUUUGUGUUUUUUCUUUAAGAGUAGGGUUUUGUUUGGCUUCUAUUUUUAGCAGGCUUCUCCAUUAAUUCAACAAGGCUGCAGUAUUUUCCGUCUUAGCAAACUGAGUCUGUGAUAUCUAUUGUCUUCAACAUCUUUCUAUAUGGUAAAUGUUUUGUGGGGAAAGACAUGAAAAAAACAUGGCUUCUCAAGUCUCCUUAUAUUUCUGUAACUCAUAGACUUUAUACCUAUAUAAAUACACACACACACACACACGCAUAUGCAAGAGAAAUGGUGCAAACUAUCUUUUUUGACAUCUGUUUCCAUAAGAGGUGGUCCACAAUGUAAAAGAUGUGUACUCAACGCUUAUCAAUCUGCUUUGACUUUUGGGUCUUAUCUAUAGCAAGAUCAGCAACUUCACUGAAUCUAACAUUACAUCGGGCUAGACUGUCAUUACCUUAGGAAAUAUAUGUCAUUUGCAAAUUUUAUUUAUUUUUUGGUUGUUCACAUCAAUCAAGUUCAAUGACAAUCAAUGUUUUUGAAUGCAAAAUAUUAUCAGCUAAGAAACUAUAAAAAAACUGUGCCAGAUAUGUGCGUACCUAAGUAUACUUUUAUAAAUACAGACACACACACAUGCACACACCAUGCAGUGGGGCUCUUUAUAUAAAAACCAUGCCACAUACCUUCUAAUCCUGUUAUGACUGACCUUUACAUUUUUACCUCACAUUUUAUCUCACAUUAAGAUUUUGAUGGCUUUUCUAAUUAACUAUGGCCAUCUUUCUCUUGGAACUUAAGGAGAAACUUAUUUUUGUUAAUGAGAUUUGACACAAAACUAUAUUAAUUCGAGAAACUAGUUCCAGCAGAACGCAAUUCUUAUGACAAUAAAUUAUUUGAAAUAUA